GGCGCGGCCGGCCGCGCUUGGCCGCGGGGAUGGGUGGCGAUCGCGGGGGCGAAGCAGGCGGCCUGCCCGUCGGGAGCAGCGGGCCGUCCCUGCGCCAGCGCCACCCGGGCUGCGUGCCCGUCGUGUGCCUCGGGGAGGGCGGGGCGCCGCCGGGCGCCGGCGGGCGCCCGCUGCUGAAGCUGGUGGUCCCGGAUCGGUACACGGUCUCGCAGCUGAAGCGGGAGAUCGAGCGGCGCGCGCCGGGGGCCCCGGUGGACAUGCUCUGGAUCGGCCGAGAGCUGGCCCAGGACCCCGGAGGACGGCAGCGCCCUCGUCUCCGCGCUGGACGAGCGGCACCGGGCGGAGGACGGCUGCCUGUACGCGCAGGUGGGCUCGCCCUGCGCCAUCGGGGCCACGGGGGCCGCCGCGCCACCGGAGUGCCUCUCGCAGGAGGCGGCGUGCGGCGGGUUCGCCUUCUUUCACCUCCCGGACCGGGACCUCGAGGUCGAGGCCGGCUGCGGCGACCCUUCUUGGGGAGACGCGGGCGCCCAGGGCGACGCCGACGUUGCCGCGAGGCUCCGCGAGAAGCACCCAGGCCGUGUGCCCGUGGUCUGCAGGCAGGCGCCCAAGCCAGGCCUGCCCGGAAUCAACACGAAGCUGUUGGUGCCGCGCACCAUGGCCUGCAGGCAGGUCAAGAGCUUCCUGUACAAGCGCCUCGACUCCCCGGGGAUGACCGCCGACGGCUGGGGCAGGACCAACCUCUUCGCCGACGGCGUUCAGCUGCACCCGGAGGACCACAUCUCGGCAGUCUUCGAGAAGCACCUGGGGGAGGACGGGCUGCUGCACCUGGCCUAUGGGGCGGACGCGGCCGAGGCGCUGGCGCAGACGGCGGCGGCGGACGCCGCCGCGGAGGCGUGCGGGCAGGGGACCGCCGGCGAGCACGGUCUCGCCCACGAGCUGGAGCAGGUGAAGGCCGAGGCCCUCGUUGCCGUCGAGCAGGCGUUCCAGGAGGGCCGGCAGGAGGGCCUGGCGCGGGCCGCCGAGGAGGCCCGCCGAGCCGACGCCGCGGCGGCGAGCCUCCGGGAGCGGGAGCGGCAGCUCGCCGAGAUCGCGGCGGCCCUGCGCCCCCUCGCGCCCCACGCGGGGGGCGGCGCCUGCGGCCCAGAACCCCGACGGAGACGCCCUCGUGGAGCUGGUGCGGUCUGCAGUGGACGAGCCCUCGGGGGCCGGGCCGACGCGAACGCGCGCGCCGCGGGCCUGGAGCGGUCGCUGCGCGAGGCCCUGGCCCGGGCGGAG